GUGGUGUACCUGUUGGUACUUCUGCAGUGCUGUGUGUGUGUGACCAUCGCAAACGGUGAAGAAGGAAAAGAACAAGAAAUUGCUCCCGUUAAUCAGCUGGAAAAAGUGUUAAAAAGUGUUGAAAGUAAGAUAGAUGUUCUACUAAGUGAUGCGAAAGGUAAUAUCAGCAAAGUGGAUGGACAAGUGAAAUUAUGCCAGGAGGUUUCUAAAUCUGCUAAAUCCGCUUCAGUGGAAGCAAAUGAUAUGCGGGGAAAGAUUCAUGAUGUGAUGAAGAAGUAUCCUGAGGCUAGUGCGAAUGAAGGUGAUGUCGAGAGGAGUACCACUGAAACAUUAUUGAACAAUGCUACAAAUGCAUUAGAAAAGACAAAACAAGCUGUUAGUAAUGCGAGUACAGCAGUUUCAACGGCAAUGAGAUUGGGUAGUUUUUUAACUAAUGCACAUGAUAAAUUUAAAAGUUUGAUA